ACACCAAACAACCUGCUUCCCAUCUUGAACAACCGCAGAGACCUCACCUCCUCCCAACCGCGAAUGGAGCUCCUCGACGUGGUCCCGGCGGACGCCAUCGCCCUCCACCUGUACUCCCUCCCCGCGGCGGCCAACACCGUCGCCUCACUCGUCGCCUGGCUAGUUGCGGCCCUCGCCGCCGCCGUCGGCCUCUGGCGCAUCCGCGCGGUCGGCUCCUCCAACAGAUUGCCCAGCGCCGGCGCCCGCAGCACUCUCGUGGAGGUCGAAAAGCAGCAGCCGCGCCCUCUGCCAUCGCCUGCCGUCGACGAGCCACGGCCACGGCCGGCGCGUGCCGAGGUGUCGGAGCCGGUGUUCCCAUUUAGCGAGCCGAGCUCGCCGUCCAAGGUCCGGUUCACGGCGUACUACGGAGGGGCCGGAGCUGGCGGUGACGAUGGAGUGGUGGACGGCACGAAGAAAUGUGCGGACAGAGACGAAGACGAUGACGGCAUGUCCGUCCACGCGAGCGAGAUCGUGCCGAGACGGACGACGUCGAUGAGGAUAAGGUCGACGCCUUCGACGGCGGCAUGCAGCUGGGAGGAGAGGGAGAUGGCCGUGAGGAGGAGGGGAGAUUUGGGGUGGUACCGCCACCUUGACAUGGCGGUGCUCGACGGGAGCGUCGUCAGGCUGUGGGACGGCGAGGUGACCGCGGCGGUGGCGGUUCCGAGGGCGCGGCGGUGGAAGGCAGGAUUGGAGCUGGACCUGUCGCUAUAGCCUAUAGAGAAAAUGUCUGUAUAAUGUGGUGUAGGAUUAUUGGAAUGUUAUUAGGGGGUGAAUAUGACAUUUUUGUCCUUUAAUUUGGGCAUGUCAUCUGUAUGUGUUUCUCUGAAGAGGGGCAAAAGGCUGAACUGAACAGCCCUCAUCUCGGGAGAUAAUUGAAAAUUUGGCAAAUGCCAGACUAUUAAUUAACUAUCGCUAAAUUAUUUGCUUA